AUGAGGCUCUCCACCCUCCUCGUCGCCGUGGUCGCCACCAUGGGCACUCUCACCCUCGCCAAAGACAAUCGCAGCGAGUGGGACAAAGUCCCCCACGAAUGCCAGUACUGCUGGCUCAAGGUCGACACUUGCAGAAAGUUGUGCCAGGAUGGCCUGGCGCCGUGCGCGUACGAGUGCCAGAUCAAGACGUGCAUGCAGUAUACCAUGUGCAAGAAGUGUCCUGACCAGUUGCCGGCGUGCAAAUACGCAAAGUUGGAUGGAUGA